AUGAUGGGAAAGGAUCAUCCGAUGCUAAGGACGACAUUUCACCUCGAUGGAGAUGACCCGAUGAGUAGACCAUUCAUGGCUGUUCACUCGCAGGAUGCAUCCGUUCAGAGUUUCGAGAUCAUUAAUGAUGAAGCGAGGCUUUCCACCGCUCUUCGUCGCGGCUUCGACCUGUGCUCAGAAUUCCCUGUUCGCUGGGUUAUACAUCACGAAGUCAAAUUUCAAGGAGAGAUCGAGAACAAGUACAGGCUAUUUGCUGUUGGUCACCACAUUUCAGUCGACGGUUUUAGCCUUAGUGUUCUGUCCAAAGAGAUCCUGAGGUUCCUCGAGCCUCCUACAGAGCAGCCGGCUAGCAAACAAUCAGGCCUUCCAUACGGAGAAUACGUGCAGAGACAGCGCGUAGCCGGUCCUACCAAGCACACGGGCCAUUACCGCCGCAUGCAUACAUGGGCAUUUUUCCCCAACGAAGAACUGCAGAAGUGGAGUGAGCUGUACAAGACAUCCUGGUUCCGGGUCGCCUCUACAAUUGUCAGCCUGGUCACAGAAGGCAGUGCGGAACCCACGCCGCACCACGAUCGGGCUCUCUUCGUGGCGUUCGGCGCUCGUCCGAAGGAAUUCCAAACAUGCGUCUCACACAUGGCCAAUACGAUGCCAGUGAAGGUCCCGCUCGCAUGCUUGCUGCAGGACAAUACCACCUUUGCCGAAGCGGUUAAGGCGUUUGGAAAGAAUCUCUCUAACGGGAAAAAGCACGAGAUGUUCCCGUUCUUCAGCUUGAUUGAGGAAGCCCGGAAGAAGAUGGACGAUUGCCAUCUCAACUUCAAGGUGGCUGUAACAUUCUCGCCAAAGCUGGCUAACAAGGCCUGCUCGAUCUACCCGGUGGAGGGAGUUUGGGACCUUUUCUUCUGCUUUCUAGGGCAUGAUAAUGGCGUUUCUCUUGGUGUCAUUGCAAACCCCGCCAUCUUCAGCGAUGAUGCCAUGGCGAAGCUGCAGGAGGAGUUUCUCAACACGGUAAAAUUAUCACAGCAAGACAGCAGGUUCAGAUUGUGCGAGCUCCCGUUCCUCCGAGGUCGUGAAGUCGCCAGUAUAAUCAACGGACCAUGCAUAGAGGAUGUUGAGGCUAUCAGCAGUUCCCGGGUGCAUGUUUGGAUCAAACAGCGCGCCGCGAAGCAACCCAGUGCCGUUGCGCUAUAUUCGGCUGAGCGCGAUGAGACGAUGACGUACCGCGACCUGGAGGAUAGAAGCAGUCAGAUUGCGCAUUAUCUCGCCGCAAAAGGUGUUGCCCCUGGCGACGGGGUCCUGCUGAACAUCGCUCGAGGUUUCAACACUGUCGUAUGGCUCCUCGGGAUUCUCAAAGCGGGCGCUUAUUACGUCAUCUUGGACAAAAAGUUGCCAGACAGACGCAAGGCCGCCAUUACCGCCACUUCCGAAGCACGCUUUCUAGUAACGGACGACCUCAAGAUCCACCAGGUUGUCUCUCAUCUGGCCGUCAUGGUAGUAAGCCUUGACGUCAUCGAGCGAGAGCUACGGACGCAGCCGCAUACGAUGCUGGAGAGCACACUGAAAGACAACAAUCUCGCAUAUAUCGUAUUCACGUCCGGCUCGACUGGCCAGCCAAAGGGGGUUAUGGUAGAGCAUUCAAAUGUAAGCCACUACGUGAGCGCCGCCCGCAGCGUCGUGAAGAUUGGGCCGGGCAGCCGUGUUCUUCAGUUCGCGACCUUUUCGUUUGAUGUAUCUGUUCUAGAGUGGGCAGUUACGCUAUCAUACGGCGCAACUCUCUGCUUCGUCGAUUACCCAGAGCUGCUCGUAGGGGACUAUCUCACCACUGUUAUCAACAGAAACGAGAUCAACUUCUUCCACACCACACCCUCGGUACUCGCCACAAUUCCGACUGAUAGAAAUCUGGCUUCGCUGAGGAUAAUAUCUGUCGGAGGAGAACCAUCCUCUGCCGGUCUUCUCGGCAGGUGGAGGCAGAAAGCCCAGCUCUUGCACGCUUUUGGCCUAAUAGAAACAACUGUCAUUGUGACUGUGGAAGUUCUUGAGGAAGAUCAACGCAGCGAUUCUCUGCUGCCUUCGCCCUCUAGGAUUGAAAAGCCGUUCCCCAACUCGACGAUCCUAAUCUGCUCCGAGGAUAACGACGAGGCACUUCCAAUUGGGAAGCAGGGAGAGAUCUGUAUCAUCGGCCCUCAGGACGGCCACGACACUCGCUUGUACAGGACCGGUGACAAAGGUUUCUUGGACGAGGACGGCAAGCUGCGUAUCGGCGGGCGCAUGAAGAACCGCGAGAUCAAGCUACGAGGCUACCGUAUAGACUUGUACGAGAUUGAAAAGAGUAUUUUGGAUCACAGUCCGGAGGUGCAAGUCACAUCCGUCCAGGUGCACGGAGAUUUGCUGGUGGCCUUCGUUGUACCAGAUACGGUCCCAUGCGAUGUCGUCCGCAGCAGGCUGCGUCAGGAUAUUCCGUCUUACUCUCUCCCUACUCGUUUCUUUGCAGUUCGGGCCCUGCCCCUGAAUGCCAACGGCAAAGUAGACCAUACACAGGUUUCUGGACAGUUGCAAGGUCUACUCGCGUCCCUCCCCGAGAAUGAGCAAGUGCGCAAGAGGCUGCCCACCAUAGGUUCGAAGGCGGAUGGGUCUUCCGACGGUGGGAGCGAUCCGGAGGCUAGCACGGUUGCCACAUCCCCCAACAACUCCCUGGACCCUGACGACAACAAGUUCGCCAUCCAAAUUAUUAUGGACGGCCGCGCGGCUGUCUCAACCCAUGAAGCAGCCGCGGCGCCCUCCGAAAUGGCGGAAGAUAAGAUCUUUGUACCUCGAUACGGCUCUCUGCCCGACCUUCCACCAUUCAGUGCUGAAGCGUGGGGUAUGACGCCGGAGGAAGCAGACCUCACGGACCCGCAGAAAUUAUUCUUCCUCUCCAUCGCCUCCCAGGCGCUCGCAGACGCCAAUAUCCCCACCACCAAAGGAGUGCCCAAUCCUACCGGCGUCUUCAUCGGUGCAGCGCACAACACGCACAAGGACGCGCCCGGCACACCCUUUCCUGCCGACAGCUUCCAAGCGCGCCACCGGACGCUGCUCGACCCGCCCAUCUCCACCUUCACGGCCUACAAGCUCAACCUGACAGGUCCCAACGCGACGCUAAACACGGCGUGCUCGAGCGCGCUAGUCGCGCUACAGCACGCGCUCUCUGCCCUACGCACCGGCGCCUGCCCCGCCGCCCUCGUCGGCGGAGUUACUGUCGUUUACCCGCAGUUGGGUGGCUAUGUGACGGCACCGGGCCAGGUCUUCAGCCCGUCCGGCCACUGCCGCCCGCUCGAAGCCGCCGCUGACGGGUCCGUGCCCGCCGACGCGGUAGCCGCCGUCGUUAUCAAGACGCUGAGCGCAGCGCGCCGCGACAACGACGCCGUAUAUGCGGUGAUCGAGGGCUGCGCGACUGGGUCCGACGGGGCGGUCGACAAGGUCGGCUUCACCGUGCCCUCGAGCGCAGGCCAGGCGCGGACCGUGGUGGCGGCCAUCAGAGCUGCGGGCGUGGCCCCGGAGGUAAUCAGGUACGUCGAGCUACAUGGUAGUGGGACGAGCAUGGGGGAUGCGUUGGAAGUGAGCGGAUUGGAACGUGCACUUGACGAGGUGCAACUACCUGGUGCAAGUGCCAGGAGCGCCGUUCACGUGGGCAGCAACAAGGGUGCCUUUGAAAACACGGAGGCGGCCAGCGGAUUGUUGAGUUUGAUCAAGAUGGCGCUGGCCAUUUCGAACGGCUUCGUGCCAGCGAUGGGAAAGUUGGGGGCGAUGAAUUCAAUGUGCAAUUUUAAGGGAAGGCUGCGCCCGCUACUCGACCAGCUUAAGCUAGCGCAGGAUGAUAGAUUUUACUCCCCAUUCCGAAGCUCCAGCGUAACACUCGCCGAACACGCCUUGGCCGACAUGAUCCAGCACUGGAAACACACCGUGCAAAAUUUCGGCACCCGCACAGAAAAGGAUGUGAGACCGUACCUUCGCCCACCAACCGUCAUCACCAUCUUGCGCCACGAUGACCGACUCUACCUCUCUUCCUCCGUGAAGAGAAAUCUACCAAAGUCUUGGUUGAGAAUCCAUACCACUGCUUCUCGAAACGGAGGCCAUAUGCCCGCCGCCGAAGCCCUUGAAAUCGCCCACCUCCACGGUCACGACCACCUCCCCCGCGCCCAUGCCACCAACCUCGACGAAUCGGAUCACUCCUAUUCCGAUACUGCUCAUCCCUGCAAGGCCAACUGUGGAGAGAUCCUGGCCAUCCAUCAGUGGGCUGUCAAGAACCCAGGAAAGCCCCUCUCUGCCCUUAAGAACAGCUGCAUCGUCUCCCUCACCAAAGCUGCUGGAAAACCCUGCAUCAAACCUCCCUGCAUCGGAGGCUGCGCCAACGUCCUGGAAGCCUUGCAGAUCCAACACAUCACUCACCACCUCAUCGAUCCCCCAACCUGGCCUCUCCCCGAUCCAACAGCUUUCGAAUACGUCUCCAUCACCGAUUCUAAUGCUUGUCUUGACUGUGCCGCUACUGGACAACAUCCCGAGAACGCGGCUUCCCUUUGUGUCUGCCGGCAAAUCCAACCGCCUACCACCUCGACCGCGGAAACCGAGGAACCAUAA